AAAAGUUUACAUGUAAUAUGGACUUAAUCAAAUGCAUGAAAUAAGUGGAAUAAACUUUAUUGUAAACUUUAAUUAAUGGCAGAUUUUAAACAGAAUCGUUCAAGAAGUGAGGGACAUGUAAAAAUUGAUAGAUUUUACAAAAACGAAAACACUAAUCGUAGUAUACCUGACAUUGCCGCUGGAACUCCUCUAAUGGAGGACAUUCAAGGUAGUUCUCAAGAAAGCAAGGGUGAGAGAGGAACAGAAAAAUACCACCAUGAGUCCGAUUCAGAAAAGAACAAGCACAAAUGGGGAGUGGCCUAUUAUAAAAACAAUGACUACAGUGGACCACAGGAUGAUGAUAUAAAUCCUAAUGAAUCGUUGGUGCAGGAGGUAUCCAGUACUGCUGUCCUGACCCCUCUUGAUGAUGACCUUGUCGGGGAGGAAGAUGAGAGAGACAAUUGGUCCGGACGGUUGGAUUUCUUGAUGUACCUCCUGGGAUACUCGGUUGGACUGGGAAAUGUUUGGAGGUUUCCAUACUUAGCAUACAGUAAUGGUGGAGGUGCCUUUGUAUUUCCUUUCAUUCUGAUGUUGUUUUUACUGGGUAUACCGUUGAUGUUCCUGGAGUUGGCUUUUGGACAGUUUGCUGCCUUGGGACCUGCCGCCAUCUUUGACAGAUUUUGUCCUUUGUUUACUGGACUGGGCUAUGGUAUGAUAGCUAUAUCAGGAAUGGUUGCUUUGUAUUACACAGUAAUCAUAGGGUGGUGUAUACUCUAUCUUUUUAUAUCCUUUACUGCUGUUUUGCCAUGGGAAGAUUGCCAUCCAGACUGGGCUACACAGUAUUGUUACUCAUACAGUGCUGCAGAUGCUUGUUCAGCUGUAAAUGGAAGUAUUUACUUCAAUCAGACUUGUUAUAACGCUACCUCGGCUAUUGAAGGAAAUAUUCAUCACCUUUUAAAUACAACCCAUGCAGAAAGACAUGCUCCUGCUCAAGAUUAUUUUGAGGUUGAAAUUUUGGGUUUGUCACCUGGUAUUGAAGUAAUUGGUAAUGUACGUUGGAAAGUUAUCUUAUGUUUGGCUGCUGCCUGGACACUUACUUUCUUAGCUUUAGGAAAAGGUGUCAAGUCCACUGGAAAGGUGGUAUAUUUCACAGCCUUAUUUCCUUACUUGGUAUUGUGUAUCUUGUUUUUCCGUGGGGUUACCCUCCCUGGUGCUAUGGAUGGCGUCCUAUAUUACAUCACACCGAGAUUUGAGAAGUUAACUGAAGCUAAGGUAUGGUCGGAUGCAGCAGCUCAGAUUUUCUUUGCUCUGAGUCCAGCCUGGGGUGGAUUAAUCACACUUUCAAGUUAUAAUAAAUUUCACAAUAAUUGUUUAAAAGAUUCGUUAAUAGUGUCGUUUGGCAAUAUUUGUACAAGUUUAUUUGCUGGCUUUGUGAUAUUCUGUAUCAUUGGAUACCUGGCCAAAGAAUUAGACAUGCCAAUAGAUAAAGUCGUAGAUGAAGGUGCUGGUUUAGCCUUUGUUGUAUACCCAGAUGUAGUGACUAGAUUACCUAUAUCUCCUCUGUGGGCUAUAUUAUUUUUUGUUAUGAUGAUCACCCUAGGAAUGGGUAGUGAGUUUGCUCUGUUAGAGACCUGCUUGACAGCCAUUCAGGAUACAUACCCAGAGUUGAGAAAGAAGAAAGUAUGGGUAGUACUAGUCACAUGUAUCAUUGGAUUCUGUGGAGGUAUCAUUGUUACAACUCAGGGUGGUAUGUUUGUGCUACAAUUGAUGGACAACUAUGUAUCUAGUUGGUCAGUGUUUAUUAUGGCUGCCGGAGAAAGUGCCCUGGUUGGUUGGGUUUAUGGAGCAGAAAAUUUCUUACGAGAUAUACAGAUGAUGAUUGGUCCAAUGUCAAGAAAAACACAAAUAUUCUUCACAAUCUUCUGGAAGUACUUAUCUCCCCUUACACUUGUUUCUGUACUGUUGUUUAACCUGAUCCAGUACAAGCCUCUUGCAUACGGAAAUUAUACCUAUCCAGGCUGGGCCAAUGGACUAGGAUGGGUCCUGUCACUCAUACCUAUGAUUAUUAUUACUGCUCUCGCCAUCAAGAAAAUUUACUAUACUCCUUCGGGCAACAUGUCACUUUUUCAGAAAAUCAAAUUUUUAUUGAAGCCAUCACCAGCUUGGGGCCCUGCACAUAAAGUUCCCACGUUUAAAAUGGAUGAAGAUGAUGAUGAAGACGAUGGAGUCGUAUCUAAUCCAAACUUUACGAUUACCAAUAUACGUGAGAUCUCAGCAUAGUUCUGAUAGCACCACGUGUGUAAUGCUCAAUGACCAGAAACACAAAUUAUUGCCUUGUUUUUAUACGGCUAAGCAGCAUUUAUGUUCAGAUAUUUUCAGCCAAUAUGAAUGUUUCUGAUUUAAGCAUGAAUGUACAUAUUGUUUAUGAUCAAGUCCAACCAAAUAUUCAUAAGGUUAGCAAACUCAAAAGACUUUAGCAUCAUGUCCAAUAGUUAAUUCUUUUACAGCAUCAAAGAUCUAAAGAUUGAAGUUUUAUGUUAAAGAAUGUGAAUCUCAUAAGUAAAUAUCUUUUAUUUUUGAAAUGUUGUAAAAUUUGUUAUUUUUGAUAGUUUUGUAUCAGUUUAAAAGAUUUCCGAUUCUCAACAUAAAGAAUCUCUAAUAUUUUAAGUUGUUUAUUUAUGAACAGUUGUUAAAAGUGUGUAAUUUUUGAAGUCUUAUUUGAUUGUUAACUGAGUAUUAUACAUGUAUUAUGAAUGAAAUUGUUGACAAUGUGAUUGAUUAUUUGUAUUGAAAAUGAAUUCAGAAUUAUCAGCAUUAAGUAUCAAUGGUCUUAAAUUAGAUGAAUGUAUGAUAUCAUGUGAGCAAUAUUUCAACAGAAAUCAAGAUGAGACUAUAAAGAUGUGAAAAUCACCUAGAUUACACAUGUAGCUUGAUUUUUGUAUGUUUCAACUUUGGCAAUAACCAGCCAGAAAAACACAUUAUAUUCUUACUCAUAUCAGUAAUGACCAUGUGACUACUUCAACAGUUGAUCCAUUCUGAAAUUGCUAAAACUAUCCCUUUGGUAAUAUUUGUGAUAAACUGAUCAGGUUCUUAUUUAUAGGAGCUCAGGCUCUGCUGUUAUAGUUCAGGAUAAAAUGUUGACAAAGUUUUAGUUCAUUGAUAUUUAAAUUUUUGUUGGGUAUUUUUAUGUUGUAUUUUAAAACUUUUAAUAUUUUAAAAAUCAUACCAAAGCCUUUCUUUAUGUAAACAAUGCAAAAGUUAGAACAGUUGAACAAAGUCGGUAAAAAGUAUUUUGUGGAACUGUUUAUAAUUUGUCUGAUAGUCAUUAACAUUGUAAGAAUGAGAAUGGUAUAUUAUUUUGUAUUAAUUUAUAAAUAAUUAUAUCAGCCUAGGUGUAGUGACAACUGCAAUUUAUACCUUAUCCAUCGAAUUUCAUGAUUAAUAAAUACCAGGCGUAACGAUAUUAUAAAGUGCCUUGAACAUCAAUUUAACGAUGUUAGGGUAGAUCUGAUUCUGUAAUUCCGCCCCAAGUGGGACUUGAAUCUGUACCUCUCACUUCUAUGACAAUACCGCCUAGCAUAUAAAUGUGCAGGUAAAUGUAUAUUCAUGAAUUCUUUUCAAACUAUUUAUUCCUUUUAACUACUUUGAAAGUUUUAAUGUAGAUUCUGUUGUACACUAUGAGACAUACACAAUAUAUUCAAACAUUUGAUUAAUUUUAUUAUGAAUUAAAUAUUUUAUUUAUUUUACUAAUUUCAAACAUCAAUGCCUUUCAGAGUAAUUGCAUAUUUUAACUUUGUUUAACAUCUGGGUAUGGAGUCAGGCCUGUUAUUUUAAUUUAGAACAAAUUAUGUUAAAAUGUUCCUAUUCUUUAAAAAAUAUCAAAUUUGUAAAAUAGAAUUCAUCCCAAAUAUCCCAUGAUAACUAUUUUUACAUGCAAGAUUUCUUUAUGAAUAGGAUCACAUGAUUUUAAAUACUUUACACUUGUUAUAUUUAUAUUGUUGUUUGUUAUGUAUUUCAGUUUUUAUUCAAAAUAAGUUUUACUGCCCUUUAAUCUCAGUUCAAUGAUAUUGAAUUCUUUUAGAGUUGUAUCUUACAUAUAAGUCAAAAUAUCCAGUUUAAUAUUUCUCAAAUUUGCUUUCUCUGGUUCUCUACAUAUUUGAAAUUUAAAGAGGUGUGUCAUUAUGUCUGUCUGUCACAAAAUUUGCAGACUUAAAAUCUCCUAUGGUUUACAUAGAAAUUGGAAGACAUUUCACAGUAUUGCUUUAGAGGUACAAACUAAACUAUUUUGUGGUUAUUUACUUGUGUUGAAAGUAAGCUUAUCUGUUAUCCUUUAAAAAGUUUUUUUUUUAAUUUUACAUAUUUAUUUACUUGAGAUUUUAAAUAUUAGUGCUGUAAUAAAAACUUUAAUUUGAAGGUCUUUUUAUACUUGGCAUUUUAAAUAAUAGUGCUGUAUAAAUAACCUUUUAAAUUUUGAUAUUUUAAAUAAUAGUGCUGUAUUAAAAACUUUUUUAAUUGAAAAGUUGAUUUUAGCUAAUAUACUGUAUUCAGUUUAAUUGGCUGCUUUUAUAAAAUCUACCAAAAGAAAUAUCCUUUAAUUAAUUGUUGAAAAAGUUUAUUUCUUUUUAUUUAUAUCUAUCAUGUUGAUUUUUUUUUUCAUUUUUGUGGUUAAUUACUAAUUUUGAAUAAUGAUUAUCAUUCAAUAAUUAUGAAGUUUUAAAUUUAGAAACUCAAGAUUCUUAGAAUAAGAGCAAGAAGGCAAACUGCAGUGAGAGAGUAGUUUGUUUUACUCCACCACAAUGAAGUUCUUAUCUGAUGCAAAAAGUGAAAAUGAAUUAUUUAAAUGUAUAAAAAAUGUAUGAGUUUAAUGAACUGUGAUUUUAAUAGGGCUAUGUAAAACUGUUCAAACAUUGCUAGAAUGAAUUUUACUGAUUUUUGUUGUGGUCCAUAAAUGUUUAUGAUAACAAAUGAAAACGAAGCAAUUGUGCAGUUAAGAUUAGGAAUCAUAACGUUAAAUAUGAUUUUGUUGAUGAUUUAUUCCUUGAAUUUUAUAUUAUUUUAAUUGUCAUAGGAAAGUGUCUUUUGUCAAACAAAACAACAAUGUAAAUUUACAGAACAUUAUCAGACUUGAGAUAUUGGUUAAUGAAUAACUUUUAUUGAUACUCUUAAAUAUUAAUCCAUUAUUUAAUCUUUUAAAUUUGACUUUUUUGGUUGAGAUUUGCAAAUAUAGAAUUAAAAUUAAUUCUGCAAAUAUUCAAUAGCAAUUCAUUUCCAUGUCUCUUGACGAUCAUUAAAUCAGUCUAUUUUUAGUAAUUUCAAAAAGAUUAAGUUCUAUAAUUGGGAGACUUUUCACAUAGAAUGGUCUGUAUGGUAAACAAUCAAAUUUUGCCAAACAUUUGGGCUUCUUAACUAGGAGAUCACCAACUAAAUUUACAUUGUCUGGCUUGAAAUAUUUCUGAGUAGAACACUAUUAAAAAUCAUCUAGAUCUUAAGAACAAAACUUAUUUGACAUAUGUAACAAUCAGAAUGAAUUAUACAUAAUAUCAUAUUAAACUUAUUUAAUUCUACAAGCUCAUAACAAUCACCAAUUUUAUAUAAAUACUCUUUUUCCAAAGGUAUUUACACAAAGCAGAUUAACUCAUUGUACGUUACACACAUUUAUUUAUAAUGUUGAAAUUUCUGAAGGUUGUUUGCUUGUUUCAUUCCCUGGAAGUUAAAUACUCAUUAAUAUCGGUUAAAUUAAUGAGAAAACAAUCUUGACAUGGUAAUGCUGAUCUUUAUAUCUUCUGAAAAUGAAAUUGUUAACAUUACCCUGAUCUCUUUAGUCCUCUGUGAUAUUACUGCUACUUUUGAUCUCAGGUUCAAAUGACUAACAACUUAAAUGUAUAUCUUAAAAUGAUCCUCAGUAUAAAAUGCUUCUGGUGAGUGGUGACCAUUGUAUUUUCCACCUUUAGAACUCCAAGUGAAAAUGUGUGAAUCCUAACUAAUCAGUUCAAUAAUUUUGUUCAGUUUUAUACAAUUCAACUUUCGUUUUGUUUUAACUUGAGUAGGUUUUUGCUGUUUCUUUUUUUUUGUUCAUUGUAUAUAUGAUGGCUUCAUUGUUGUAAAUAGACAUUAAUCCAGGGUUUGUUAUUUGAUUAUAUAAUGCUGAUAUUUGUUUAAAAGCUGUCAUUCUUUUUAUUUUUCUGAUACUUUUGUGAGCAUUUUACGAUUUGGCAUAAAGCUGUGCUUUUCUGUAUAUGCCAGUACCAAAGUGGCAUUAUUCAGUUGGGAUUAAAAUGUCCCCAGUUGUUGUUCAGAAGUCAUGCUCACUGUUAAAGGCUGCCAUCAUUUAAAUUUAUAAGCAAAUUCCUAGAGAACAUGCAAACCAUAAUGUGCAUGAUUCUAUUCCAACAUUCAUUGUUUGAACAUUUCUUUGGUUUCAUGUGUGACAUAAAUGUUAAUAUGAAUUAAUGUAUUUGUUCAUCACAUUUAUUUAUGAUUUUAUUUUCCAAGUAAACUUUAAUGAGGAAUGAUUGUUAUGUAAAUAAAAUGUAAAUAAUGAUAGGUGACUGGUUUUAUAGUGUAAGUAACAUGUAAUAUUUAGUUCUACCAUAUAUAUCAUUUUUUCUUACGUUUCUCCAAAAUCAAUGAAAAUAAAUCUUUUUCAUUUUUAGCAUAAUAAAUCCAGAAAUUACUCUAACCUUCAAUGUAAUCUUUUGAAAUCUAAAAGAGUGGUCAAAACAACAAAUUACCUUCCAGAGAAUAAUGUUUAAUCUUUACUACAAGUACUGAUUGAAAGGUACAACAAAACUUAUAGAAAUUCACUUGCAGCUUGUCAUAUUUGGUCUGUGAAUAAUAAUAUGAAUACUGCAAGGUUAUUUGCAACUUUCAAAUCCCUAAAUUACUUUACUUUGAAAAUCCAUCAAUAGAUUACUAACAGUUGUUGUUUUUUCCCCUUUAAACACUUUUUUUCUCUUUACCCCCACCUUUUACUUUUAAUCAUCCAUUAAGACAAUAUAUGGUUUCUCUUUGACAUAAGAUCUAAGAUUUGAUCCAACACAUAGGCUCUAUUUCACAAUGUAUGAAAAUCUUAUAUUAAAAUGUUCACUUGUCCAGAUUUGAUUAUUUGUUUAUGAAUUAAUUUUGUUUUAUUUUUGCUUUCCAUGUAGCUUAUUGACAUGACUUUCGCUUGUAUCUUUAUUAAAAUAUUUAUUUAGCUUUAAAACUUGAUUAAAAUUGCUUGUAUCUUUUUUUUUAAUUUAAUAAGCUUUAAAACUUGAUGACCUGUGAAACAAAAUGAUUUUAUCACAUUUUAAUUUAUAAGAUUAUUUUACUUUAUAUUUUGCAUAAUAUAAACAGUGAUCAAAGUUUACUCAUAUAUUUAGUUACAAUGAAUCUCACUUUAAAAGCUUUACUUGUGUGAUCAAAUGUUGUAUAGUUUUUGUGAAGUUUGCUCAAAAUAAGAUCAGUAUCUUUGCAUAUCAAACAUUUUAUAUUAAACAGAAGAUAUACAAUUAAUAAACAUAGUUUAGCCUUUAGUCAACAUGAUAUGCACAUCCAAAGGUGUCAAAAAUAUUGUCUGUGUUUAGUCAGAAGACUGAGUACUAUGUAAUCUAUAGCUAAACCUUAGUCAUUAAAAAACUUUAUAUUAAGUUUAAUUUACUGUAUUUUUUCUAAGUAAUUAUUAAUGAGAAAGUUAAAUUGGAAUGAAUUUAAGAUCUAUAAAAUCUAAUUGAUAACUAAUCUUUAGGCAGAUUGACAACAUUCCUGUCUGGGUAAAUAUUUUUAACAGAAAAAGAAUUUUGAGAAGGCACUUUCUAUUAUCUGUAUACUCCUUUAAAGUUAUAAAAAAAAGUUCCAAUAUUAUUGACUUUUAAAAAAAAAAAAAAAAAAGUUUCCGUACCAUGGGUGGUCCCAUUAUUUACUGGGUCUUGACAAUUUGUUUUCAUCUUUGCCCAUUUUUCAUAGUAUUGGAUAUUUGGAGUACCAAGGUUGCAUGAGUUUACCAUUGUUAAUCUCAAUUUAGAACUGACCUGUUAGUUUAAAUACAUUAUUUUUACAUGUCAAGUUUUGAACAUUAUUGUUCUGAAUCUAGUGCUUUGAGCUGAAUCUCCUGCUAUAUAUAACUGUGUUGUGUUGAAUCUCUUACUUCAUAUUUUAUGUUUUACUGUAUAUAUUUUUUGCUACCGUGCCUUUAUUUUGUGUUAUAAAUGACAUUGUUAUUUUGAAUUGAUCAAAUGCUCACUCCUAAGUGUCUUGUUUAAAAUCAUAGUGCUCACAUUUUAAUUAUUAGUUUACAACCUAAGUGCUGAACACAAAUUUCUAAAUUUAUUUGCCGAAUGUCUAAGUGCUACCUUUUUACAUCAUCUUUGAAAUAAGAUUUUAUGGUACAAUCCUAAAAAAAUAUAUGUUUAAUAUCUAUGAAGCACUUUGCUUCUGAAAUUGACUGUAUGAAUACUUCUGUCAAUGUAGACAAGCUGGAUCAUUGCAUAUAGUUUCAAAUAAUCACUUUUUCCAAAAGCUAUGUUGUUUUUGCAUUUAUUAGAUGUUUAUUUAUAAGACGAAUCAAAACUGUUUUCUUUAUAAAUUCAUAUUCAAGGGGCAUUUCUGUUUAAAGACUGAACAUUUUUAAUCACCAUAAUGUUAUUAUCUUAAUCAUGUGUUUAGGGUUUUAGACCAUUAUAAAACAUUUUCCCAUAAAACAAUCAUUUGAAAGUUAAAGGCUGAUAUAUUUUUUUCCUUAAAAGAUUUUCCACUGACUAAUAAAACUGUAUUUGACAAUAAUUUCCAAAAUUAAAAGUUUAGUAUUAUUCUUGACUUAUUAAUUAAAUUCCAUACAUGUAUCAAAAUCUCAUGUUUUUGUUGCUAAUUUUUUUGUGACCAUCAAAAAAUAUUUGAUUAUCUAUUAUUUAUAAGUAGUAAAGUUAAUAUUAGGGUUAGAUUUGUGAGUGAUUUUUUUUUGCAUACUUUGAAUGUUUCAAGUAAUGGGUAUACAUUUUAUUUAAUCAAAUUCUUUGUUGCUUUGUUUUAUUUUUAUUCCGUGUGGUUAUAAAUUUGACUUUGUUGUAUAAAAGGUGGUAAACAUGUACAGAGUAAUUACCUGUUGUCAAUGCUUAACUGAUUUACCUUUAAAAUACUUAUAUUUUUUUUUCCAAUACAGCCUUUGGCAGCUAUUUUAUUGCACAAAUCAUAUUUUCCUUGCUUUUAAAUAAAUGAAAUUGAUGAACAAACAAUGAAUUGCCACAAAGUGUUUCAUUUUAAUAAAGAAUUUGCUUGAAA